UGUCUGGGUUGGUGGGUUUUUUUUUUCAGUUAGUAGCAGAAAUUGUCCUGCACAUAACCUUUAUCUGGCUGAACCGAAAAGCUCCAGUGUAUUUUAGUUGCUUUGUCACUGACUUUGCUGCUGUACUGAAGAAUGUCCUUACUGUCACCAGGAGAUGAAGAUGAACCAGAGCGUUUUGAUGGUCUUUCUCUCUUAUACUGGACUAUUAUGGGCCCUCAUGGAAUCAAUCGAGCUGUUCACCGCAUUUCUUUUUCUGAUUGUCAAAAUGGAUUAGGAGUUAAAAUUAUUGGAGGUUAUCGGGCACAAACAGCAGAAGAUUAUGGGAUUUUCAUAAAGAGAAUUCUACCUGGAGGGGUUGCUGCUGUAGAUAGCCGUUUGCUCACUGGCGACCUAAUUUUGGAUGUCAACGGAGAAAACUUAAUUGGAGUAACCAAUGAAAGGGCUGUUGACAUCUUGCGAACAGCAUCAGCAUCUAAUCAUAUGUCUCUGCUAGUUGCUAGAGAUGAAGAAGCAAAGAAAGAAUUUCUUGACCUCAUGGAUAAAUAUGGCUCUCACAGUGAUACCAACUCCACAAGAAGUUCACCGACACAGCUGUCAGCUGCAAAAUCUACAGACAGCCCUUCUUCUGGGUCAUCCUCAAGGUCACAGAGUCCUCAGUUGCAUUCAAAGGAUAAUAUCACCACCAUCAGCAGAAAUAAUUCUGUCCCAGCAUCAUCCCCAAAGCUUGCAAAGGAUGGUACAUUUCAGAUUAUUACUGUUUUCAAAGAAACAAGCCUAGGUGUUAAUAUUGUAGGAGGAAUUAACAGAAAUGAAGGGCCUUUGGUAUAUGUUCAGGAAAUUAUCCCUGGUGGUGAUUGUCAUAAGGAUGGACGACUGAAGCCUGGAGAUCAACUGGUAUCCAUAAACAAAGAGUCAAUGAUUGGUGUCUCCUACGAGGAGGCAAAAAGUAUAAUCAACAGAAAAAAGUCAAGGUUUGAAAGUUUUUGGGAGAUAGCUUUCAUUAGACAAAAAAGUAUUCCCGGUUAUUCAGAGAACCUGCAACAUCCUUCCAGCCUCUCGACAUCUUCUGUAGCGUAUGGAGAACAGGCUGCAGUAGUUAGUUCUCAUGCAUCUCCUAAUGGGAAGGUUGUUUCAAUGUUCACUCCAAAUGCUAUGGAAACUGGAGUCAAGAUGGGAGAGCAACCUCCAAUUACUUCUCUAGACAGCAGUCCUACUGAUGUGUCUGUCACUGCUAUUGCCCCCAGCCAGAAUGAUGAUUAUGAGCUGCAAGGAAAGACCUCUACUAUUCGUCUCAAAGCAGAAAAGCUGGAAAGGGCAUUGAAUUAUCUUGGGAUUCAGCCCACAGAUGAACAGCAGCAAGCCCUAAGGCAGCAACUUCAGAAAGAUUCUAAAGGAACAGUGUCUUUUGGAGAUUUCUUUGAAGUUUCAAGGAAUCUCUUCUCUAUGCAAUUGAAUGCAACAGGUGAUGACCAAAAAUCUGUGACAUUUGGGGUCAAUGAAAUUGCCAGCUUACUGGAUUCACAGUUUGUAACCUGUGAUUCUUUGGAGGAUGACGUGGAAAGACUUAAGAAAGAAAGAAAUGAAGCUUUAAAAGAAAUGAGUAAAUUAAAGGAAAAAUUGUCUGAAUCUGUGAAUUUACAGAAACAGUUAACAGAGCAGCUACAAAUAGUAAAGCAAGAAGCCAAGGCAGCUGUAGAAGAGACAAGAGCUUUGCGAAGUAGGAUUCAUCUUGCAGAAGCUGCACAAAGACAGGCUCGUGGAAUGGAGAUGGACUAUGAAGAAGUAAUUCGCUUAUUAGAAGCUGAAAUUGUAGAGCUGAAGGCUCAGCUUGCUGAUCAUUCUGGCCAAAAUAAAGAUAACAUCCAAGACUUGAGAAAGAGAGUUACAGUGCUUGACUGCCAGCUGCGGAAAUCGGAAUUGGCUAGGAAGACCUUUGAGGUGGCUACUGAAAAACUGCUACAAUUUGUAGAGGUGGUGCAUGAAAUACUUUCAGAUAACUCCACUUCCUCAACAGUUUUAAGUGACAGAAGAACAACAUUGUCUACUAAAACACUUCUUGCACGGUUGGGAAGGAUUGGACCUACUGUCACAGCAGCUCUUGCAGCAGAAGCCAGAGACCUUGCAAAGUCUGUCCGUGCCAUUUUGGAAGUAGAUUGUCUGCCUUAUGGAUGGGAAGAAGCUUAUACAGCAGAUGGAAUCAAAUAUUUUAUCAAACCAGUGUAUUGAAGAGACCCCACAUAAUAAGGUAAAAAAGUUUCAUAUUAAUUAAUUUUACUUAUUAGAUGAUUAAAGCUAUUCUGUUGUAAGAAAUUCAAUUACUGAUUUUCUAAUAGAAAUUCCUGUCCCAAAUUGACAUUUUGUCUGUAAAUUGCAGAAACAAAGGGGCCAAUGAGCCCCCAUAAAGUAUCACCUACACCCAGAUGUGUAUGUAUGCGCUUACCAGUCAGCUGGGAGGCAUUAGGAUGGGAAAAGUUUUGUAAGUAAAAGAAAGGCCGUCUUGUUCACUUUUAAAGCUAGUCAUGUGGCUGGUUUUGCCCAGGCUUCAUUCAGGUGUAACACUGAACGAGGUUACUAAGUGCUGUCACCACUAUUAAAACUAAAUUUCACUUUUGUUGUGUGCUUUGGCAUUAAAAGUCCUCAUGGUAGUCACAGCACUGCAGCAGUGGGAACAGAAAGUGUAUUCUGUCAUUGAACAGAUUUUGUGAAUUAGUAACAUCUGGGUUUGAUUUUAAAAUAGGAGAAAGUGUCUGUGCAUAACGGCUCUGCCAGUGCAGUGUCAUAUAUGCUAAUUAAUUAAUGGUUAUACACUGGUGGUUUAGAAUCACAUAGGAACAGUAUAAUAAACCCGUAGCUGGGACACUUAAUUUUUUUCCCAGAAAACCCAUUAUAGUUAAUCUCUUCCAUCCUCCCACUGUGUUCACCUUUAACAUAUGGCAGCUCUGUAUCAUGAGACUGGCACCUAAAUUUAGGUAGGGCCUUGCUAUUCUCCCUCCCACUCCCACCCACUCCUUGCAUAUGUAUACAGUUUGUAAGGACCAGCUGUGAAUUUUGCCCCUGUAAACACUGUUUUUCUAGCAUUUUAAUAGGACUAGGUUCCAACUAUUCCGCAUUAACUGUUAUUUUCCUCAAGAACGUUUAUCUUAAAUUUUCCUGAAAGACAAGUAAAAGUUCCCAAGUAUUUUAAACUUUGGAGAUCUUUUCCUUUAGAUGUAUUAGGGGCUGUGAUGUUUUCUAUCUUAUGACAAGAGGGAAACAGUAAUAUAUGCUUUAGGGUUGUCUUUCAGCAGUUCAUCUCAGAAUCAGAAGUUUCACAUGGAAGCAUUCUGUGCUUCAGAGUGACAAGGUUGGCAAUGAAGAUAUCAUUGGUAGAUACAGAAUUUAGUUCAUGUUAAGUAGAAGCCUAAAGUCAGUACUUGUAAAAUACAGAUUAAUAAAAACCACACGUAAUGUGUUCUGGUAGCUUUUGAAAUAAUACCUAACAGAUCAGGCUUCCACUUUGAAAGCCAACACAUCGUACUUAACAUAAUUUGUAACAUUCUGUUUUGUUUGGGUUUGCUUGGGAAGCAAAUUAAUCGUCAUUAAUUUUACUGAAAGUUGGGCAUUCGCAGAAACUGUUUAUGAUUUUAUGACUGAACUAAGAAUAGCAAAGCAUGUGUGAUAGAUGAAGAACUUCUGUAGUAUAAACAUUGAUGAUUUAUAGCACUAGAGCUAAAGGUAUCAUCAUAGAAGGAAAAUAAAUCACGGUUGAUUUUACUUAGUGCAUGCUCAAUUGAAAAAAACAAAGCUGUUCCUUUGACUUUACACUUUCCACUGCAUUACAAAAGAAGGACCCAAAACCCAACAUAGCAGGGUGUGUUAUGCUUUGCUUUUGAUGUCCCAUUCCAGUAUAUACUAGUACGUUACAAUAUAGUAGCUAUCUGCAGGUUGUCUAAGUAGUGGUUGGAGUGGCCCUUCCUAGCAAAAACCAAGUUCAAUGAAAUUCAAAUCAGAGCAGAGCUGAUCUAAAAGGAAACUUCUGUAUGUUCCACUCAAGUUGCAGUGAGUUCAGAACAGCAAACUUAAGAAAAACCCUGAUCUGCUGGAUGGAGCGUGUGGUUGCACCCCCCCAGGCCUGACUCCGGCACCAGCUCGGUUCCCCACUCCCUGUGCGGUGGAAGGCAAGGUGGUUGCACCAAAAUUUUCAUUUAUCAAAAUCACCAUCGUAGGUGUCCUCAUCUUAAUAACUUUUUGUGAGUAUGAAUGGGUAUUUUGAGACAUGGAGCACUCUUUUCAUGGAGUUAAAAGGAAGAUGCAAUGACUUUGCAUCUCUUAAAAUUGGACCUUUCCUAUUUUACAUGUGACUCAAAAAUAGAGGUUGCUUUUGAAAAUGUUUCCUUUUCCCUGUCAUCGUGAAGUCCUCCUACCUGAAAAUAGAGGAAAGAAUAAUUAUAUAGUCACAAGAAGUUGCAAAUAUUUAAAUAAAGCUCAGCACUAACCAUGUGCUUUUUAAUGUAUAACAAUCCAAAGCGCUCUGCAUCCGUCAGCUCAGCAUCGGUUCAAACACUUUCAGACAUAACCAUAUGGAUUUGGGUAAUCCUGACAUAUUUCUUCUGGGGUUUUGGAUAACCAACCUGAGACAUCUCAGAACUUUUAUUUGCACGGUGUUAAUGCCUGCCAUCUGAAGUGUCUGACUCUGUGCUGUGUCUCAAGUUGGUCACUAGGCAUAAAUAUAUCCAGAAGUAAUAGUCCUCUUUGAAAAUUGCACCCCCUUGUUCUUCCUUCACAGCCACUUGCAUGAUGGAAGAUUUCUUAUUGAAAGGCACAGCAAUGAUUUCGUGUAAGACAUUUUCCUAAGUAAAAAUUCAUGAAGACUACAGAGGGCCGGGAUCAGAUGAAAAUUCCAAAUAAUUUCUAAGGUUUAAAAAUAGUUAUUGCCAGAGAUUUGGGUUGUAGAGAAUUCAGUUUCUCUGAUUUUCACUGAAAUCAUUUUGCAUGAGUAUAAGGAAAAUAAUCUCAGAUGUAAAACUAGGAAACUUGGCAUUGGAUUUUAUGAUAACAUGAGCUUGUAAUACAAGAAUGUUAAAACCUUAAGCUGCUUUUGGUUGAGCAAUCUCUUUUCCUGAGAGGUUGUUUGUUGUUUAAUAUCAAGAACCAAAAUGGAGAAACAUUCUUUCAACUUCCACAGGUACUGUGUGCUGUCUGGGUUCUGGCCUGUCAUAUGAGGCAGCUGUUAAAAUUUCUUCUGUGAGAAAAUACGUGAAGCUAAAUGAUUUUUUUUUUGCUCUUGACCUAGCAAUCCCACUGAAAUCAGUGUGCUGAUUUUUGUUACUUCUGCCAGGUAAUUCUACUCUCACAGUGAUGUGACCAAAGCUCUAAUUCUCACCUCUCUAGUGACUUCUGUGAGUAGGACUGGAAAUGUGAAAGUUCCAACUCCUGCUAAGUUUUCCUUUGUAAGGGCAGGAUUUGGCACUUGUGGAGUAAGCCGCGUACACCGCUGCUGUACACCACCAGUCGUCCUGCUACGCCCUGGGUUUCGGGAAAGCCGUCGGCAGCAGAAUGCUGUGCAGCAAGGGUGUUCCAGUAUGUGCUUCAUCUGAAGCCAUCACUCCAGCUUUGAUUCGGUUUAGUACGUGUGUAGCUUAAACAUAAGCCUUGAGCAUGCUCUGAUGCAAAUAAACUGCACCACAAUGUAUAUGGUGUUCACUUUGAGACA